AUGGGAAAUGCUCCUAACUACAGUGCAGAGAGAUUACGUACAAAUCUCCAAAUGGGAGUGACACGCAUAGGAAUCCUCAAAAACAAGAAAAUGGCUCGUAACUAUAGUCUGAAAGAUGAGAUCGCCGGCUACCUAAGAAAUGGCCAAGAAGAGAUGGCUAUGAUAAAGGUAGAGGGAUACAUCAAUACAGAAAACCACAUCGCCGCUCUUGAAGUAAUUAGCAUUAUAUGUGCCCAAUGCAUUGAAAGAAUCCGCCAAAUCUCCGAAUCACGUUCAGUGCCUCCAGACCUCCGUGCAGCGAUAGAAACUUUAAUAUGGUCUGCAAGCCGUUGUGAAUGGACCAUAUUUUUGUGAAAGAAAACCGCUUUAUUUGAAAUAUUUUUAUUAAAAAUAAUUAUUUAUAGAAAAAUUCAUAUAAAAAGCAAGUUUUCUUGACUAGAUUGUGAAUGCCCUGAAUUAAUAGAAGUCCGUGCACAAUUCGCAGGCAAAUAUGGGAUCGAUUUCUGCAAGCAUGCAAAUGACGAUAGAGAUGGGUUCGUCAAUAAAAGUGUUUUGGCAAAAUUAGUUGCUGUCGUCCCUACUGAAGAAGAGAAGACAGUAAAGCUACAAGAAAUUGCGAGCGAGAAAAGAGUAGAUUAUGUACCGAAGAAUGAUGUGAGACACGUAAGAGUUAUUUAGAAUAUUCAAAAUAUUGUACCACCUACUGGGUAUACCCCACAGUACAAUCCCCAGCCAGCUGGGUAUCCUGGCAUGCCAAAUUAUCCACCAGCUCAGUAUCCCCCACCACCUCCACAAGGAUAUCCUGGGCCUGGACAAUAUCCACCACCACAAGGUUAUCAAGGAUAUCCACCUCCUCCAGAAGGAUAUCAAGCCCAAUAUCCUCCACCUCCACCACCGCCUUCACAGCCACCAGCGAACUAUCAAACCCCUCCUCCACCUCCACAGAAUGAGCAAGCUCCUCCUUCCCCUCCUUCUCCUCCAAAUCCUUAUAAAUCGACUCCAGCCCCUCAAAAUCCAUAUCAGCCUCCUCCACCUUCACAGAAUCCAUACAAGCCUCCACCUCCUUCAGAAGCCCAAAUUCCUCCACCUCAAAAUCCGGUGCCUGAUGAUUUUGAUUCAUUAGAAGCAAGGUUUAGAAAGCUAAAAUAA